CCUCAAUUUCACUUGAAUUUAUAACUUGCAUUUUAAAAUUCUGUAAAUAUAAUGUUUACAAAAUGCAUAUUUUAUAUAUUUUAGUACUUCUAAUAAGUCUAACAAAUGCAGAAACGAUUUCAGAAAACAGAACAAAAGCUUUCGACCCUUUUACCCCUUUAGUAAAGUGUGAAUAUCUUUCUUGGGAAUUUGUAGAAUGUGAGCCUCUGGUAGACCAUAAAGGAAACGAAACAUCUCAAAAACAACUUGGACAUGGUUGCCUUAAAUUUGGAGGCAUGCAUUAUGAGAAGGUGGAAAAAGCCAAACAAAAGUGCAGAGCUUUAGAUGAUAUCGAAUGUUAUGGAAACAAGACCUUCUUGAGACACAAUGUACCUUGCGUUAAAUAUUCUGACCAGUAUUUUACAACUACAUUGCUUUAUAGCAUUCUGUUGGGUUUUCUUGGAAUGGACCGGUUCUGCUUGGGACAAACUGGAACUGGGGUUGGAAAAUUAUUAACAUUGGGAGGACUGGGAGUUUGGUGGGUUGUUGAUGUUGUUUUAUUGGUUACCAAUCAUCUAACUCCAGAAGAUGGAAGCAACUGGAAUGUUCAUGUAUAGAAAAUUGUGAUAUUUUAUUUAGGUUAAAAUUAAAUAAAUUUUAUUGGGCAACCCCCUUUUAAUAAAGAAGUGUUUUUUUUAGAAUAUACCUAAAGAAGAUA